AUGAUAAUCGCGGUGACAUCGAUUCGUAAUCCGGCGGUGGUGGCGAGCACGCCGAGCUCGAGUGUGCCGUCGACACCGACGGCGCCGCAUCGUCGCAGCGGAAUGCCGCCGGCGUCGCCGCGCAUCACCGCCAAUUUGCCGCCGUCGCCGCAAUUGGGCCGACAUACGCCGAAGACGGCGCGCAAGGUGAUACCGUCGUCGCCGUCGUCGCCGGGAAUCGCCAAGUUUCGCGUCAAUGGAAGGGUUGUCAAGGUGACGGCGAUUCGACAAUCGGCCUACUAUUCGUCGUCGGACGAUGAGGAUAGUUUACAAGGAACGAUAGGAAAGAAUGUGACGAAACCCCCACAGACGACACCUAGAACGUCUUCUCUAGCAUCUAAUAAUCGAAGUACGGGGAGCAAUGGGAAUUUGGAGAAGAACAGCGUUGAUCGGCGUAGCGGUCGAAGAGAGCUGAAUGGGAAUGGAGGAGCUGCGGUUGAGGUGAUGCUCCGACGAGUUCAGGAGAAUCGAGACCGACAUGAUCAGCAGAAGCGCGAUUACGGCGAAUAUGUGCAGGCGCGGAUUCGCGAUUCGGCGGCGACGUCGGCCGGUGGAGCCCGAGAAGUGAUACGAGUCUCGAGACAGGACUACAGGAACAGCAAGAUAAUCGUCACCGAAAAUGAUGGAAUUCGAAUUUCGCCGCAUCGAGAGGAAAUCGAAACGGUAAUUGACGCGAAUACUGCUAUCGAUGAAGCUGUCUACGUGAAUACCCAUAUUGGAGGCCGAGUUCCAUCACCGAAUGAUUCAUCGCAAGAAUACCAAAACUCUAUUCUUCCACUAAAACCGGCAAAAGUAUCGACGAAAAUCCAGAAUGUUGUCAACAUUUUACAGACGAUCAGCUCGUCGGGACCAUCCAUAUUUGGCACGUCGGCCGGAUCGCACCGCAAACAUUCGAGCGAGAAUCACAAGGAAUAUCUCGCGCAAUUGCACAAUCGCAAAGCAAUUUCGCUCAAAGAGCAGAAGAAGUGCGAUCGAUCGUCGUCGAACCCGAACCUACCAUCACUUGUUCCAUCGAGACCCCCACUACCAGCCUACCAUGUAUGUGAGCCAUCGUAUGGCGACGAAGGCGACUUUGACGAUGCCGCCACUCUCACAUCAUCGUUGGAAUAUUUUCCGGGAUCGCCGCAACGCGCCACACGCAACGACGAGCAGAUUCGACGGCAUCGCAUGUUCGUUCAGAAUCUUGGGCCGAGCACGUCGAGCGGCGAUAGCAUGUCGAGUUGUCGGUGGUCGUUUCGAAGCGAGGCGAAGGCGACGAAGCUCGAUGAUGAGGAUGAGUUGGUGAUUGGAAGGCGAAGAGCGGGAGGAGCGGAAUUUAAGAAGUGGAAGCUGAAUGAAACUAUCAGAAGGCUCGAAACGCGACCCAAAAGCCGACCACUUCAAGAAUUCUAUAAUGAUGAUGAUGCCGAAUUGGAAGCGAUGGCGAAAAUUCGCGAUCCUGAUGCACCGCGACCUGAAGGGACCAUUAUGAAUCCGGUGAGAGGCGAGCCUGCCCACUCGAACACGGCCAACACGAUGCCGAGGAGUUUGGAUGCUGCCCUUCAUCGAUUCGGAACCGCUUCGGCUAAGAAUGUCGCCGCGAUGGUUCUUGAUCAGUCGUCGAAACCUUCAACUUCUCUUACUUAUGGUAAAUUGUAUAGUCGAGCUAACAAAGUGGCUUAUAUGCUGCUUAACAAGAUGGUUACUAUUAGCCGCGAUGGUACGAAAGCACCAUUAUGUCGGCCUGGUGAUCGUGUCGCAUUGGUCUACCCGAACACCCAACCACUUCAUUUUCUCGUUGCGUUUUAUGGAUGCCUUCAAGCCGGUGUGAUUCCGGUACCCGUCGAAAUGCCGUCGUCGAAACGAGAAGCUGGAAUUGCACAACUCGGAUUUCUAUUGGGAAAUUGCGGUGUGAAAGUGGCCCUCACUUCAGAAACAUGUUAUAAGGGACUUCCGAAGACGAUGAACACCUCAUCGUCGUCAACGUCGUUCUCAUCACCAUCGGGAUCUUCAUCGCUGACAGGACAUAGCACCGAGUUUGUUGACUUUCGAGGAUGGCCUCGGCUGUAUUGGAUGGUGACCGAACACCUGGCCAAGCCUGCGCGCGAUUGGACGACACCGCCAAGGCUAGCUGAUGAGACGGUCGCUUAUAUCGAAUACACGACGAGCAGUGACGGAAGUGUGAAAGGAGUGUGUGUAUCGAGACAGGCCGUAUUCGCGCAUUGUCGAGCCCUUACUACUGCAAUGGGGUAUAAGGAAGACGAAACGAUGGUGUGCGUUGUGGACUUCAAGAGAGAGUGCGGGCUUUGGCAUUCGGUGCUCGCGGCGGUGUUCAAUGGAAUGCGUGUGAUCUUUGUGCCGUACUCGUUGAUGAAAAUGAAUCCGGCGAGUUGGAUGCACAUGGUCACCAAAUAUCAAGCGACGACCGCACUUGUCAAGUCGAGAGAUCUUCAUUGGGCGCUGCUCGCCACCAGAGACCACAAAGACAUCAAUCUGUCGUCGCUGCGAGCGCUGCUCGUUGCUGACGGCGCGAACCCUUGGUCGUUGUCGUCGUGCGACGCGUUCGUCUCGGCGUUCACGGGAGCUCCGUACAACUUGCGGCCAGACGCGAUGUGCCCUUGCGCGGGAAGUUCGGAGACCGGCACGAUAUCGAUUCGGAGGCGCGGAAACUCGACGUUGGGUAGUCAGAGUGGACGCGGUGUGCUCUCGAUGUCGGCGUUGAGCCAUUGUGUGGUUCGAGUCGAUCAAGAGAACUCGUUGACGAGUCUAACACUUCAGGAUGCCGGACAAAUAAUUUCUGGAGCUGUCGUCGUCGUCACUGCGAUUGACGGAUCUCCAAGACUGUGUCAAGCUGAUGAGAUUGGAGAGAUUUGUGUUUCCGCAAACUCGACAGCUCACGCUUACUGGGCCUUGGAAGGCCAGACAUGUCACACAUUCAAACUUGAACCCGUCGGCGAAUACGGCAAACCGAUCGGAGCGGUUCGAUAUGUUCGAAGUGGUCUGAUUGGAUUCAUGGGACCCGACGGAAUGGUUUUCGUGGUGGCUCGACGACAAUCGCUUCUCGCCGUCUCGGGACGAUAUCAUUCAGCGGAUGACAUCAUCGCUACUGUACUCGCUGUUGAACCAAUGAAAUUUGUCUAUCGAGGAAGAAUCUGCGUGUUCUCGACGAAUGUUCUCCGCGAUGAACGCGUUGUCAUCGUCGCCGAGCAGAAGCCGAGCUGUUCUGAAGAGGAGGCAUUUGAUUGGAUCACUAGAGUGCUGAGAGCAAUCGACACCAUCCACCAGGUUGGCGUCUAUUGUUGCGCUCUGGUGCCAGCGAAUCAUUUGCCAAAAACGCCGCUGGGUGGAGUGCACGUAUCGGAAACCAAACAAAGAUUCGAGAACGGCGAACUCCAUCCGUCGACUCUUCUCAUGUGCCCGCACAGCUGUGUUCUGAAUCUGCCGAAGCCGAGAGAACGACAAUCCGAUGUUGGUCCCGCAGCGAUGUUUGUUGGCAACAUAGUACAAGGAGUUCGAAUAGCGACCGCCAAAGGAAGGAACCUCGAUGAGGAGCUCUCACUUCCCCUACUUGAAUGCCUUCGAAGCCGCGCCUCAACUACUCCGGAUCACAAAAUUCUGAAUUUGGUGACGGCGAAGAACGCUGAAGCUGAUUCGGCGACAUGCUCAAGUCUCUUGAAGCGGGCUGAGCGAAUAGCUGGCCUACUCACUGAUCGCGCUCGUCUCAAUCGAGGAGAUCAUGUUGCUCUGAUAUUUCCGCCGUCGAUCGAUCUUGUUGCUGCAUUCUUCGGUUGUCUUUCAGCGGGAUUCGUUCCUGUGUGUGUACGACCUCCUGUGGCUUCCGAUCUUAGCGCAACUCUCGGAUCUGUCCGAAUGAUCGUUGACAUGAGCAAGGCGGUCGCUGUAUUGGCUCCGAGUCAUGUCUCGAAGAUGCUGAAGAGUAAAGAAGCCGCUCACAGUAUUGAUUCGAACGCAUGGCCGAUGAUUCUCGAUUUGGAAGAUGCGCCAUCAUCAUGGAAAAGGAAGAACAAUUGCGAUACGACGACGUCGGCGGGAAGCGGAGCUGCGACUCGCGAUGAGAUCUGCUAUCUCGAUUUUGGAAUCAAUUCGAACGGACAACUCUCAGGAUCGACGAUGUCCGAAGCAGCGGCGAUAGCGAUCUGCAAGAGCAUCAAGGUCUCAUCGGAAUUGUAUCCAUCGCGACACGUCGUCGUGUGCGCUCCUCCAUAUUCGGGCAUCUCGUUGGUUCUCUGGUGCCUCUCGUCGGUCUACUCGGGACACUUGACAACAUUGAUCCCGCCGGCUGAAGUCGAACAACAACCAUCGUUGUUCCUCUCGACACUGUCGAAUUUGAAAGUCAGAGAUGCCUAUACGACGUAUUCGACGCUGAACGCGUGUGUCGCCCAACUCGCCACAUCCGUCGAGAGUCUCAAAGAGCGCGGCUGCAAUUUGUCGAUGCUCAGAAGUUGCGUCGCGAUUGCCGAAGAACGACCGAGAAUCGCGUUGAUGACGUCAUUCUGCAGAUUGUUCGCUCCGUUGGCACUCAACAACCGGGCGGUGUCGACGGCAUUCUCGUCGCGUGUGAACGCGGCGAUUUGUAUGCAAGGCGCUGCGGGACCCGAGCCGUCGACGGUGUAUGUCGACGCGAGGGCCCUUCGCAACGAUCGCAUCUCGCUCGUCGGCAAAGGCGCACCGCACAGUGUGGCGCUAAUCGAAAGCGGCAAAUUGAUGCCGGGCGUGAAAAUCGCGAUCGCGAAUCCGGAGACUCGCGGACAAUGCGCCGACUCGCAUCUCGGCGAGAUUUGGGUGGCGAGCGCGCACAAUGCGUCGCCGUUGAAUCGCACGGGUGCCACUGGCACCAACAAUUUCGGCGAGGAGAUGAGCUGCUCGGAUAUCUACAAUGCGAGAUUGACGACGGGCGACACGAAGACGAGAUGGGCUCGAACAGGUUAUUUGGGAUUCUUGCGGCAGACGCAAUCAAUAACGGAGCACGGAGAGUUGCACGAUGCGGUUUUCGUUGUGGGACCAUUGAAUGAGAGCUUGUUCCUUCGCGGAAUGCGCUAUCAUCCGACCGAUGUUGAGACGACCGUCAGCAAGGCGCACAAAUUUGUCGGAGACUCAGCGGUGUUCACGUGGAAUCAUCUCGUCGUGAUCGCUGCAGAAUGCACUGGAGGUGAAUCGGAAGCAUUGGAUCUUGUGCCGGCGAUUACUUCAGCGGUCCUGGAAGAGCAUCACCUGAUCGUUGGUGUUGUCGUUGUCGUUGAUCCGGGAUCGGUUCGACAUGGACCGAGUGGCGAGAAGCUGCGAAGCACGAUUCGCAAUCUGUUCCUCGAGGACAAACUCAAUCCGAUUUAUGUUGCUUAUAAUAUGUAA